AUGAUCCUGGCUGGUGUCAAGCAAAACAAACCUUCCGCCAUGGGAAUCAUAUCCACCUUGCAAGGGCAGUACAGUGAUUUGGCUGCCCUCGCCAUUAUUGUAGUAGCCUUGGCAAUUCUCAUUUCAUCACUUGCGAGCGCCUUCAAACCAGGUCUUAGAUCCAUUCCAGGCCCCUUGUUCGCCCGGUUCUCACCAUUCUAUCGUCUUGUGAAACUAUCUAAAGGCCAUGCUCCUGUUUUUUAUCGGAGGCUCCAUGAGACGUACGGUCCUAUUGUACGCACCGGACCCAAUACGAUCGAUAUCUCCGACCCAAAGGCAGUCCCGAUCAUAUAUGGAAUUAACAGCAAAUUCUUAAAGUCCGCCUUCUAUGACACUUUCAGCCCGUUCUUUGAAGACAAAGUCAUGCCAAGCAUGUUCACAAUUAGGGAUCCCGUGGGCCAUCAAGCUUUGCGACGACCAGUCGCUCAAAAGUUCUCCAUGUCAUCGAUCAAGUCCCUUGAGCCAUUUGCGGAUGAGUGUACGAAGAUAUUCGUUGAUGCGAUGAAGGACCUAGAAGGUCAGCGAGUUGAUCUUGGAGCUUGGUUGCAAUGGUACGCAUUCGAUGUCAUUGGGGCAAUUACAUUCCAACGUCGAUUCGGGUUCAUGGAGAAACGCGAAGAUGUACAAGAUAUGAUCGGCGGUCUUGAAGCAGGGCUGCAUUAUGCAGGGAUUGUUAGUCAAGUGCCAUCGUUACAUGGGUGGUUGAUCGGAAAUCUUUGGGUGUCGAAAUUUUUGGCAGCACAGCCUUUCUUCAAAGUGGCGGAUCCCCUUCGAACUAUGGUGCAGCUUUCGAAGAUUACGCAGGAAUGUAUUGAUGAAUAUGACCGCCAACCCCAAAAGCAUGGACAGCGGCCCGAUUUCCUGGCCUGGCUCCGAAACGAAGAGACCAAGGGCAAACCAAUGUCUAACCGCGACAUGAUGAAUCAUCUUAGCAAUAACUUACUCGCAGGCAGCGACACUACAGCAAUUUCCCUUCGCGCGAUCAUUUACUUCCUUGUUCAAAAUCGAUCAGUAUACAAGAAUCUGCAAAAGGAGGUAGAUGACGCUGAUAACAUCGGGAAGCUAUCAACUUACAUCACAUAUGCCGAAUGUCUUGAGCUCCCCUACCUGCAAGCGGCAAUGAAAGAAGCAAUGCGCUGUCAUCCUGGAGUCUCAUAUCCCCUGGAACGAGUUGUGCCUGAAGGUGGAACCGUUCUCUGUGGAAAGCACCUAGCUGCCGGUACGAUCGUAGGUGUGAAUCCUGCCGUACUGCACCACGACAAGUCUAUCUUCGGGGAUGACGCCGCGACUUUCCGACCGGAGAGGUGGAUUGAAUCUGACGAAGAGAAGAUCAAGUUGAUGGAUCGCCAUCUGAUGACUUUUGGCUACGGGUCUCGGACGUGCAUUGGAAAAAACAUCUCUAUUAUGGAGAUGGGCAAGCUUGUUCCGCUUCUCAUCCGCCACUUUGAGAUUGAGUGGGCAUCUGAUAAGCCGGAGUGGCGUGUCGAGACAUAUUGGUUCGCUAAACAACAUGGCUUGCAAUGUCGAAUGCGCUCCAGGGAUGUUCCUGCCAGACUGAGAAUCUAA